AUGGCCGACCAGCAAGCCCAGCUAGUGUUCGUGUACGGAUCUCUGAAGACCGGAUUCAAUAAUUACCCGGUCUUCAUCCAGCCGGCAAUUGAGCAAGGCAAAGCUUCGUUCGUGGGAGCUGCUCGCACGACGAACGACGAGUUCCACAUGGUGCUGAACGACCAGGCGUUUUUCCCCUGUCUUUACCGUGUGCCACAAGGAGAUGGCUACAAAGUCUCGGGCGACGUCUUCAGCUUGGACCGUGACACCGUCGCAGCUCUCGAUGCGUUCGAACGGGUGGACGAUAAAUUUUACGUCCGAGGCGUCCUGGACGUGGACCUCGUGGACGGCGAGCGCAAAGGAGAGACGGUGGCUUGCCAGGUGUACUUCAUGUCAGUCUAUGACGACUUGGCCAGACUCGAGCGCAUUACGGAGUACACAAGAGCGAUGAACGCCAAGUUCGCCCAGUUCAUGGCGGACCCGCCACCCGACUUUGUGGAGAGCAUCCUGGACAAGAUGCCGAAGCAGCAGCAGACGUAA